CAUUAUGACGUACUUCGAGAUGUUGAGCACAGCAGGAUCAUUGUUCAGCCCGUGACCUACCAAAUCCAACAGAGUCGCAAACCCACAGAACAGUUUCUUUACUUCGCCUUGGAAGUGACAUUGACCUCAGAAAACACCGGGGUCACUUCUGCAUUUAAGGCCCACACAGACUCGAUCGUUCUCGGAUCACUGUCUUCUUGUGGACAAGAUGAAUCGUCUCAAAUUUUAUCAGAUUGUCUUGAUGGUGGUAUCCACCUUUUUCAGUUCGAGCCUCGUUUCUUGUUCGACACCAGAGACUUCAGAUAAAGACGGUGUGUCCAUAUGGAUCGACCCUCAACAAGCACAACGUCUAUCGUGUCGAGGAGCCAAUCUUUACAUACUUCAAGAAGGGAAGCUUGGAGGAUUGAUAAGAACUAUUUCAAAGUGGAAUGGGCACCGACCCACCAUACCUGCAGAUAUACCCGCUGUGAAUGUGACGUGGCAAGCACCCCCUGACUACAAAUACCAGUUUCAGUUGCGAUCAUACACACGGAAUGUAAUGAGGACACCCAAGUUGAAUAUUCCACGCAAAGGCACGGUUCCUCAAACCGAAUCAAAAUUUCAAAUCGAGCUUCCGUGCGUGUCAGACGGUCUUGCAUCCAUCAUGAUAGCACUACGAAUCACCGAUGCCACCCGCACACGAAUGCCUGGCUCGCCUAUAGCACUAGAGCUACGCAAAGAAUGUCGCUUGGAUGAUGACCAGUCGAGACAGAAAUAAAAGAAAAAUGUUGUUCAUCAUAGCGAUCUACACUAUGACUGGGCUGGUUGCACAACUAUCAUGUGGUUGAGGCAAACUUCGACAUCACAAAUAACUCUUUAAGUACACCAACUUUUCAUUCAUGUUUUCUUGUGGUUUAUUGAUUUCAGUAUUAUUUCAGCAUAUACAAAAAAUAUAAGGCUUAUAAAUGCUGAAGUUGCAUAAAAUCUUCAUUAAUACUUUGUGAUGAGUUGAUACAAUUUAUAAAAGGUAUAACAGCAAUCAUCGUCGAAGCUUUUGUGAUACAAUUUGCGACAAAUAAUCUUGUUUGUCAUUGUUAAUAAUUACACACAGCAUUAACUGAAUGAAUGAAUCUCACAGUGUUUCACAAUUUAGUUUUGACAAAGAUUCCUACUGUUAUUUUGCAAAAGGUUGUGACGUUUUUAUUACUUUUUGGCCUUCUGUCUUCGCAGCAAUGCUUAGGGGAUAAUGAACAAAAAUGCUCCAUUGGAAUUAUCAAACUUUUUGUUGAAAACAUGCUUGGAAUUUUUGGGGAAACAAAAAGUAUUUUAGUUUCGUAAAGUUACUCACUAGCUUUUGGGCUAAUUGUCUUUGUUUUUUUAGGGGGGGUGCUGGGGUGGGUUGAAAAUCUAUAUAACAAUGAAAGCAUUCAAAACGCUACUUAAAUUUGCUGGAAUUAAACAAUUUUAGGAACAAAAAUAAUUCCAGCUGCAAAAAAAUGUAAAAA